AUGUCGAGCUCAAUGGAACCGAAGCCCCUCACGUCGGCCUUUGAGAGCCCGACAUUCGAUGAGGACAGCUCGUUCCAUGUAGAGCAGCCCGUGGGGGCAAUGUCAAUAUCCCCUUGUGGCAGAGACGUCGUCCUAGCAUCCAAGGAGGGUCUACAUGUCAUUGACCUGGACUCACCUUAUUCUCCGCCACGACAUCUCCCUCACCACACACCAUGGGAAGUGGCCGAUGUGCAAUGGUCGCCAUUUGCAGCACGCGACCAGUGGGUUGUUAGUACCUCCAAUCAGAAGGCCUUGGUCUGGAACUUGGCAAUGAAGACGUGGCAGAACUCCAUUGAGAUUGUACUCCACGCCCACUCGCGCGCUAUCACCGAUAUAAACUUCUCAGCUUUUCAUCCGGAUCUUCUCGCGACUUGUGCCGUGGACAGCUUCGUCCACUGCUGGGAUUUGCGCAGUCCUGCGCGUCCCGCCAUCUCUUUCUCCGAUUGGUUUACUGGUGCAACCCAGGUCAAAUGGAACCGACAGGACCCUCAUGUUAUUGCAAGUUCCCAUGACCGGUUUCUUCGGAUCUGGGAUGACCGCAUGGGCGCGUACCCAAUCAAAUCCAUUGAAGCUCAUAACACUAAGAUUUACGGAGUCGAUUGGAAUCGUGUCCGGCGUGGCGCGCUAGUGACAUGCUCCCUUGAUAAGACUAUCAAGUUCUGGGAUUACACUUCCGAAUCAGAUGUUCCCGAGAAGCAGAUUCAUACUUCAUUCCCCGUAUGGCGUGCACGAAAUACGCCAUUCGGAUGGGGUGUACUUGCAAUGCCGCAGAGAGGCAAUAAUGAUCUACAUCUUUAUAGUCGGCGAGCUGAGGAUGGUUCAAAUCGAGAGGCUGACCUACCUCUAGCGUAUAGCUUCCCCGGACACAAGGGACAAGUUAAAGAGUUCCUCUGGAGACCGCGUGGAGGGGUGGUAGAUGGUAUUGACCACCGUGACUUCCAACUUGUGACGUGGGGAACAGACAGGGAGCUUCGGUUACACAGAGUUGACCCUGAAAUCCUACAGCGCGUGGGCUACGAAAAGGGAAAGUCCUUUAUUUCGACUCGGACAGUCACACGACUCGGUGCCGUAUAUCGCAGUUUUCGUGAUGUGAAUUCAGAAUUGGAAUUCGACGAUAUUGACACAGCUUCCUCGAUUGGAGCCCAGAAUCAGAAUCAAUCGACAAGUUCUGGAAUGAACGCUAUAUCAGUUCCCCACUCCCGUGGUUGGAUCAAAGGAGGUCAAGUUGAUCGAGUUGGCAUGCUGCCCAGAUCAAAUUUGAGAGCUGAUACCAAUCCAAUUGCUUGGAUGCGUGGUGUCAAGAUCUCGGGGUGGGAUAUUGAGACACUAGGAGACGAAAUCAGCCACGUAGGUGAAAAGUUCACCAAGGUGGCAUUCGACUCGGUUGAUGUCAGACAACGAAAGAUUACAAUUUCUCUCAAUGGGCCUUGGGGCGCUGACGGCGCCUCUUUGUUCUUGAAAGUGGAUAUCAAGUUUCCGGUUAGCUAUCCAAAGUCUGCCAUCCCGACAUUUGCGCUCCAAAAGACAGCGGCCGUCACCGAUGCAUGGGCUGCAAAAAUGACUGCUGAAUUGCGAACAAUCGCUGAGACCUACAUGUCCCGGAGCCGAGGGUGCCUGGAAGGCACAGUGCGUUAUCUUCUGGGCGAGAGCAGCCUGGAGGAAAGCAUUGCGUGGAUCCUUGGUGAAACGGGCGACAACGUCAAGUCUCCUGUCAAUGGUGAAUUGGAAGGCGAAUCUAGUGACGAGGAUGAAGUCGGCAUGACCCAAAGCCAAGAGCUGGGCAUGAGCUCAGAGCUUCUUCGCCCCGUUAAUGCUAAUGUCAUGGUCCCUGUAGCCAAAGCCUGCGGUGCGCUGUGGGCAAACGAUGGCCGGCUUGUGUGCUUCUUCCCACCGAAGAAGGAUAAAUCGUCGGAGCUCUUCGAGACCAUGGGCUUCAAAGAGAUGAGCAGGUGGUCUCGCGGGGACAAGGUUUUCGAAAAUUUCGGCCGUCUACAAACCCACUCUCCCGGCCCACGUGGUGGAAUGGGCACAAUAGCUAGCACAGAUGAUGGUGCAUCAUCCGACUCGGAAGAUUCAUACUCCGAGACAUCAAGCUCGUCAGGCUCGUCUGAUAUGCUUUCAGGGUUGCCAACACGUUUCCCGGCACCCCAGACAUGGCGCAGUGCUGGCAGCUACGGCAUGCAUCGGCCACGAUCAACAGAUAACUCGCAGCGAUCAACCGGAGGUGGAGCGACAGUCAAAUCAGACGCGCCUCAGAAUAUCAUAUCUAUCCAUGACUUGAGUGAUCUGUUACCAGUCAAGCGGGAGUUGGCUAGUCAAUAUAGCAUUUGUGGGAAGGGACCAGAGGUAUGUGCCCACAAUGCGGCUGUCGCCCUUGACGCUGGCUGCUAUGAAUUGGCCCAGAUCUGGGGUUUGAUCAAGUUGAUCCUGCAUGUUCGAAAGUACCCUGGCUCUUUGCCUGAGUCGGGGUUGUUGCAACGGCGUAUGCAGAGCAAAGGGAGUGGGCUAGGUGGUAUCGGAAAAGAUGGUCUCUAUAUAGACUUGACUGGUAGUAUCAUUCGCUGGGGAGAUCACCCCCUUGGCAGCCACUGGCUUGUCCCUGCUCUCUUCGAGCAUUUCGAGCGCAUCGGCGACGUGCAGAUGGUGGCGAUGCUCUCCUGUGUGUUGCUCGAAGCAAACCAAGAAGGCAAUUUGGAAAAGCAAAAUAAGAAACCCGGACAGCAGGCUUUCUCAUUGGAUUUUUCUGUCGCAUCGACGGUUCAACCAAAGCUGCCAGCUGUGACACCUGCUUCAUCUGUUCCAAAAGAUGUCCAGGCCAUGUCUGUUUCCCAGACAUCGGCACGUUCUUCUGGUGAAAUACGGCGUCUUGACUCCACACCACCACAUUCAACGGGCACCACGCCUCCAUUCAUGUCCCGCCCUCGCGGCAUUGCCGCUGACAGGAAGCCCUUGAGUCAGAAUAUGUCCAUUGCUGCAUCACCUGAUCAGCAAUCGCAGCCACGGAGCGGAUCCGGAUUUGGAUCGGUGCUGGCAUCGUCAUUGUCUCGCUCCUUCACCUUUGGACCAUCAUCCGCAUCCCCACCGACGAGCAGACUGGACAAGAAGAAACCAACUCCCCAGGAAAGUCCGAGUGUGGCGACAACAGGACAAGUCUCGGAGGUCCAGUCAGACAAUGAAAGCGACGAACCGCUUAAUCACAACCCACCGGCAAGAUUCAAGGUCACUAUGAAAAACCAAAGCGCAUUCGAAAGCGACGGAUCAACACAAGACGCACUUCUCGACGAAAAGAAAGAGCCCCUCUACCGGGCAUACCGCGCCGCAUACGCCGACCUGCUCUCAAUCUGGGACCUACCAGUCCAACAAAGCGAAGUCAUGAAGAUCGGAACAGUGACCGAACGAGCAGACGACAUGAACGCCAGCCAUUACUGGAAUAGCACUACCGAGACCGAAACGUCAUUGCAAGACCCGCCGGGUCCAAUUACCCAAACCCUCGAUUUCCAGCGCCAUUGCACUAGCUGCGGUCAUGCGCUCCGGAUUUCCAUUUUUAAUAAACACCCCAUGGCCCCUGACACCCCUUCCAAACGCCAGCGCAAAUCAUCUGCUCAGCGAUGCCCGAAUUGCAAACCGCGCCAGCCUCUACCUACCAAAUUACCCUGUGUUAUUUGUCGCGAGGUUGUAGACGGUAUGCUAAUACCCUGUCUCGGUUGCGGGCAUGUCAGCUGCUUCGACUGCCACCAAGAAUGGUUCCUCCGACCAGGCGAUAAAUUCGACGGUUCAUCUAAUCAAGACCUUAAAUCUCUCCCGUCUUGUCCAACAGGAUGUGGCUGCCAAUGCUCUGAGCAUAUGGUCGUCAAUGUCCCCAUGCCUUCGUGGGAAACACCUUCACCCUCUCCCAAUCCUAAUCUUCAUCCCGGGGAUAAUGCAUCGCCUAGUGGGCAUGCUCAUCAGAAACAUUCUCGUCGUCGGCAAUCUGAGCCUGCUUUUGCUGACCCGCCCAGGAGAGAGCUGCUCAAGUCUCGGGCUGGAACUGGUCAGCUUGAAGACGAGUUGGAUCUGUGGCAGGAGACUUCGCCUUUUGCUUCGCUGGCGCGGGGUCUUGGGGGCGGUUUGAGUCGCGGAUUGCGGACUAAGGAGGAGCGCAAGAAGAAUAAGGCUGUUGCCAUGGCUCCGAAUGUGAAGCGUUCUUGA